GGAAAACCCUACAAGAAUGAGUCACCGUUUGGAGAGGAACGACGAAAACUCUUAUCCGUCUAAGCAUAAAAAGUGGGCUAUACACUCGUAUGAGUGAUGUUUUCUUUCCUAGGAUUUUUAGGGUUCUUCUUCUUCUGUCAAUUUUGACAGUGGUGUUAUGGAUGGUUUCUUUUCAAAUUAAUGAGGAAGAAGAUUUGUUGGCAGAGGCUACGACGUCAAGAGCUGCGAAUGCGAUUCGAGCGAUGGAUGAUGAAGAUGAAGUGAUGAUGAUCCGGCCCCCUCCUGAACCGCCACCAUGGAGCAUCUGUGAGACUAGGGAUCCCGCCGCUGCCAUGGGUCAUUGGAUCCACCGGUUUAUCUUUUUUAAUUUCAUUUUAUUCAAGUUUAGUUUUUUAAUAAGUAACUAUGUUCUUAUCGUUUUUUUGUUAAAGUUCAUGGUACUAGGUUUAUUAUGAUGACUGAGGUUUCGACUAAAUUUGAUAUGUUUAGUGGGG